AUGUGUAAUUGGACGGGUAUUGUCUGCAAUGGUGGUGGAGUAAGUAGUGUUUCUGGUAUCAAUCUUCCCAAUGUAGACCUCUCUGGUACUCUUCAUCACCUCAAUUUUACUUCUUUUCCGAGCCUCACUGGUUUCAACAUCAGUGGAAACAACUUCAAUGGAUCAAUCCCACCCACCAUUGGUGAUCUGUCCAACUUGGUCUUCUUGGACUUGAGCAACAAUCAGUUUGAUGGAAGCAUACCGCCACAGAUUGGGAAGUUGAGGGAGCUUCAGUACCUCUCCCUUUACUACAACAAUAUUAGUGGUGUUGUUCCACAUCAGAUUGGGAAUCUUCAGAAGGUACGGUUUCUUAACUUUGGGUCAAAUUCUUUUCAAGGAGAAAUCCCGUCUUCAAUAGGUCAACUCAAAGAUCUUCAAGUGUUGGAUAUUAGUGACAAUUACUUGAAUUCAAGUAUUCCUUCUGAGAUUGGUAAUUACACUAACCUCACUCACCUGGUUCUCACUUCAAAUUCACUCUAUGGGUCAUUGCCUUCAUCACUGUCAUCUUUGACCAAGUUGUCUGAGCUAGACUUAUCAGAAAAUUUCCUUUCCGGAAAGAUUUCACCCAAUUUUAUCUCCAAUUGGGCCAAGCUCGUGUCUUUAGACCUUAUGGAGAAUUUUUUCAAUGAGAGUAUUCCAUCUGAAAUUGGUUUGCUUACAAAUCUCGAAACCCUUGACUUGAGUGAAAAUAAUUUUUCAGGCACCAUUCCAGCUCACAUAGGAAACUUGCAGAGUUUAAUUGAGUUAGAUAUGUCUAAAAAUAGUUUCUUCGGUCAAAUUCCUCACACAAUUGGAAAUCUCACUAGACUCAGUUCUCUAAACCUUUAUUCUAAUAAUCUCACCGGAAUGCUUCCACCUCAAAUAGGAAAUUUGAGGAAUUUGAGUCUUCUAGCAUUGUCAGCAAAUAAUCUUUAUGGUGCAAUACCUCAGACAUAUGGAAACCUAACAAGCCUUAGUUAUCUAUUUCUUCAAACCAAUAAUCUCAACGGAAUGCUUCCACCUCAUAUAGGAAACUUGAAAAUUUUGUUUGUUCUAGCCUUGUUUGAAAACAACCUUUCUGGAUCCAUACCUCAUACAAUUGGAAACCUCACAAACCUAGAGAUUCUAAUGUCUUCCACCAAUAAUCUCACUGGAAUGCUUCCGCCUCAAAUAGGGAACUUGCAGUAUUUGACACAUCUAGACUUGUCAACAAACAAUCUUUAUGGUCUAAUACCUCAGACAAUUGGAAACCUCUCCAGCCUUGAAAUCCUACUCCUUUCUGCAAACAAUCUCAGUGGAACACUUUUGUCCAAGAGGGAAAAUCUAUCAUCAAUGGUUAUCUCUUCAACCAUAUGCAAUUUACAUUCUCUCCAAAUUUUGGUUUUGGCCACCAAUUCUUUAACUGGCUCAAUACCUCAAUGUUUGGGAAACACAAGCAAAGAUCUCUCUGUGUUGGAUUUGCGCCAUAAUCAAUUUCAUGGGCCUAUCCCAACAAGUUUUAAGGUUUGCAAUUCAUUGAGCAGACUUAAUUUGCAUGAUAAUCAGUUAGAGGGAGCAAUACCACAAUCUUUAAUUAAUUGUGGAUCUUUAGAAGUUCUUGAUCUUGGACACAAACAAUUUGAGUGA